UCGUUUUACUCCUCCCAUAUCCCAACGCAACAGCGGCGCGACGCAGCGCCAUGGAGACUGUCAAAGUACAGAAGGAACUAUGUUUACUAUUAUCCGCUAAAGCGCAACUGCUUCUCGCUUGGCGCCUUCUUUUGAUUGUGUCACUCGCUGUCGCAGACAUGGCAGACACAACAGCCAUGCCCACCAAAGACCGCGCUCUGAAAGGAAGGGAGGAAAAAAUGGUCGUGGCAGAGAAGCAUGCUGUCAAUGGCAACCCCACAGUGGAGCCGUUUCCAGAGGGCAUGGAGACCAUCAUGUUUGGUAUGGGCUGUUUCUGGGGGCCUGAAAAGCGCUUCUGGCAGAAAUCGGGGGUGUUCUCUACCCAUGUGGGCUAUUCAGGGGGACACACACCCAACCCCAACUACCAGGAAGUGUGCUCAGGUUUGACAGGACACGCUGAGGUGGUGAGGGUGGUCUUCUCCCCCGAGGACAUCAGUCUGGAGGAGCUACUCAAGGUGUUCUGGGAGAGCCACGACCCCACUCAAGGGAUGAAGCAGCAGGCAGACUAUGGAACCCAGUACCGUUCAGCCAUUUACGCCUCCAGUCCCUCUCAACAGGAGCUGGCUCUCAACACCAGACAAGCCUACCAAGAGGUGUUAUCUGAGAAGGGCUAUGGAUCCAUCACCACAGAGGUCCUAGAGGGCCAGGAGUUCUUCUACGCGGAAGACUACCACCAGCAGUACCUGAAGAAGGUCCCCAAGGGCUACUGCUGUCUGAAGGGGACCGGGGUGAACUGUCCCAUCGGAGCUGAAGCAGACGAUGACAAAGAUGAGCUGUGAAAAGAGAGAGAGAGUGGGUAGAGAGAGAGAGAGUGGGUAGAGAGAGAGAGAGGGUAGAGAGAGUGGAUUGAAUACAAGGUGGGUUUUUCGCAGAUCUGAGUUUGUAGCUAUCCAGGUGGAAAUCAUGCUUUUUAAUUUUCCUGCUUCAUAUAGUCUCUUUAUGGCCAAUUUAGGAGACUUGUUUGGACAAUCUUGACUUUCUAUAAACAAUCAGCAGUAGGUAUGGGUUGAAAAAUGUUUCCACUCCCUAAAGUGUUUCUGAACUCGCUUAGCAUUGUGUUAAUUUGACUAAUUGGCUAAAUCAUUUCAAAAGUAUUUAGCAAUCUGUAUGAACUCUAUUGUAUACAAUGAUAAUUGUAUUUUCUCAUUUAAAUUGAAGUGUUACAGUUCAAUAUAGCCCAAUUUAAGGUUAUUUUAUUAUUAUAUUGGUGCAUGAUGCCAUGAGACCUCUUUGUAUGCGAGGCUGAAGUACUGAUAGAAAUCCACAAGAUGGCAAUAUAUACCAACAAGCUUAACCUCUCAACAAAACAGCUUCAGGAUUUCAUUCCAUCCACUCAAUGUGACAUCCUCACCCUUUAGGGCUAUCUUCCAUUAAGAGAGAGAUUAGUACCCUUUCCGUAGAAGGGAUUUGCACAUUGUGGUAGAAUAAUUUUUUACAUGUGUGUUGGAAUCACAUCAGUUUUCUCUCCUUCCAUUGUCUCAUUGCUCAGAAACAUACACUGAGUAUAUACCGAACAUUAGGAACACAUUUCUGAUAUUUAGUUGCCUUCAGAACAGCCUCACUUAGCCAGGGCAUGGACUCUACAAUGUGCCGAAAGCAUUCCACAGGGAUACUGGCCCAUGUUGACUCCAUUGCUUUCCAAAGUUGUGUCAAGUUGGCUGGAUGUCCUUUGGGUGGUGGACCAUUCUCGAUACGCACGGGAAACUGUUGAGCAUGAAAAACUCAGCAGCAUUGCAGUUCUUGACACUUCUCCCAUACCCUGUUCAAAGGCACUUAUAUUUUUUGCCUUGCCCAUUGACCCUCUGAAUGGCACACAUACACAAUCCAUGUCUCAAUUGUCUCGAAAGCUUAAAAAUCCUUCUUUAAACUGUCUCCUCCCCUUCACCUACACGGAUUGAAGUGGAUUUAACAAGUGACAUCAAUAAGGGAUUAUAGCUUUCACCUGGUCAGUCUAUGCCAUGGAAAGAGCAGGUAUUCAUUAUGUGUUGUACACUCAGGCUUAUGUGUGAGAGCAUCCCUGGUUUUCAGCUAAACAAAAUCAAAUCGUUUAUUGGUGGAGUACACAGUUUAGCAGAUGUUGUAGUGGGUGCAGCGAAAUGCAUAUGUUACCGGCUCCUAACAAUACCGUAAAAUGUUUUUUAAAAAGCACACAGGGCCUCCCGAGUGGUGCAGUGGUCUAAGACACUGCAUUGCAGUGUUAGCUGUGCCACUAGAGAACCUGGUACGUGUUCAGGCUCUGUUGCACCCGGCCGCGACCGGGAGACCCACGGGGCGGCUCACAAUUGGCCCAGCAUCGUCCAGGUUAGGGAAGGUUUUGAGCGGCAGCGCACUAGCGACUCCUGUGGCAGGAGCGGGCGCAAUGCCACAGGAGUGUUUUUGUGUUUCGGAGGAUGCACGGCUCUCGAUCUUCGCCUCUCCCGAGUCCGUACGGAAGUUGCAGCGAUGGGACAAGACUCUAACUACCAAUUGGAUACCACGGAAUUGGGGAGAAAAAAAGCACUAUAAAUCAAGAACAUUGGGACAAAGCCAAUUAAUAACCUAAAUAGCAUCGUAACAGUAAUCAAAAUGCAAACUAUACGCAUGUACACUGGAAGAUUUUAGACAAGAUAUGCUAUAUUGAAUAAAAAUAUACAUGCAACAAUGUCAAAUAUUUUACUGAGUAACAGUUCAUAUGAGGAAAUCUGUGAAUUGAAAUAUUGAAAUUUCACAUGACUGGGAAUACAGAUGCAUAUCAGAUACAUCAUUUUUUUCACGCAGGAAAAAAAGAUAAAACGCGUAAAAAAAACAUCUUGCUGCGUUUUGUAAAAACAGAUCUAAAAUGCUUCCAAUUGUAAUUUAUGCUCGUUAUCAGACUGAUUGUUUGCUUCAGUUGCACUUCUAAACUCUGAUGUGUAGCUUAUUUUAAAAUGCUAGAUUAACUUUAAGCAAAACAUUAAGGAAAUGUAGCUGGCUUUCUAUAAUAGCCCUAAACAUUAGAAAUAUGAUGGCCAUACAUAGUUAUGCAAAAAAUACCUUGCCUUUUCAUUGUAAGCUCAUUUACUUGUGUGGCUGUGUUGCACUAAUGUAUUUUCUGUGAAGGAAAACUGUAGUUGCACGUCCCUUUUCACUCUAUUGAAGCAAAUAAAAACACAGUUGACUUUCAAUAUAAAACGUGACCGCUAUCACCUGCUCCUGCUUUCUACUGUUGUGCUAUUUACAAACAAACACGUGACUGGCUCAACUGUGCUGGGGACAUAAGUAAGCUUCAUAAUGCAAAAUAAUGUGACGGAUAAAAAUGAAGUAUGGGAUCUUUAUCUCCUAACGUAUUGCACAAGUUGACUGCAGGUAUUUACUUAAAAAAAUAGCUACAAAUAUCAAAUGUAUUGAAAAACUUCAAAUAAAUAUUUUCAACAGUAUUGAAAAACCAUCCCGUGGCUAUUUCCAAAUACCCCAGUAUACAGUAUAUGCAGAAUACCGCCCAAGCCUAGUAUGUUCAGCAGUAGAUAUAUUAGAGUAAGCUAUGCCAAGAAUCCAGUAUAUAAAUAAAUAUGUAUAAAUGUAUAUGUAUAAACAGUAUAACUAAAUAUAAAGUACAGUAGUACAAAAUAUUUGAAUGAGCUACAGUAUGUAAGAAACAGGAAGUGUCCAAUGGUUCAAUGUCUCUAUGAAAUGGGACAGCAGAGUUGGCUGUGUGGGAGUGUGUGUGAAUUUGUGUAUGUGCGUGUGUUUAUGAGUAUGAGGUGUGUGUGUGUGUGUUUUGCAUCACAUGGUAGACGGCUAGUGAUGGCUGUUCAACAGUCUGAUACCUGGUAAUAGAAGCAGUGUUAUAGUCUCUCUGUCUUGACACUGAUGCGCCUGCACUAUCUCUGUCUGCGCCGAGUGAACAGUCUGUGAGGUCCUUAAUAAUCUACAGAGUGGCCAUUAAAGCUGACAUCCGCGAUAGGCGAAACAAAUGUGCCCCUAGGCGCAUUUGUUAUUGUUUUUGUUUUGAGGAAAUGAAAAUCCAGCAUGGUGGUAAAAUAAAAACGUAGUACUCUG